CCCGCCCCUUAUUCCCUCCUUCUCUGCGAGUGCGUGCCUGCCUGCCGGUAUUGCGUGUAUGAGUGUGUGGGUGCAACGAGUGACUGUAACGGUCCGUAGGGGUUAUCUGUUCCUAUAUGCGGAUUUAACGGCUGCACCGGUUCGCAUCGCAACUCAACCGGAGGAAGGCCACGCGCACAGCUGGAAUUACACACCAUUACCGUCACGGGAACGUUAAGCUCAACAUCCUACUUCACGUUCACCGGGAAGGCUACAUCUCACGGCAACGACUGCUGCUGCCUGUCGUGUAGAUAGAGAUCGUUUUAAUUCGGGGGAAUACCGGCGCUGCGGAGAGAAGCGAGCCGAGGAUGGUGCCCGGUAACGGAGGCGGGAGAUGAGGCCAUGGAUGGGGUGAGUAAUGCGGUAAAGCAUAGUGCAGAAAACAUGUCACACAACGUAAACAUAGUGGGACGUUUGAAAAUGUUGUUCUACAUCUUCUCUAAGCAGUUUUGUUAACGGUAAGAUAUAAUUUGACCUCACGAACAGAUACGUGGUUGGAUGUCAUGCUCCACGUUUUGUUGACAGCUCGCGCAAUGAGUACUGGGUUGCGUAAGAAUCCGCGCUAGGUCGCGGGAGAGCCCAAGCGGACCGCACUGUCGAGGGGGCGUGUGUGUGUGAGAGAGCGACGUCCCGUGCGCGCAUCGCUGCCACCGAUAUUGACGCCCCCCCCAUCGCCACCUGUCAAAUGCACCUGCCACCUCCCACUGCCCAUGCGUAGGUUACUGUAAACGGGGGUGACGUAACGAGCUGCUGGGCACCACGCGCUGACUCCACUCCAACGAAGUCGCGCGACAAUGGCUCUAUCCUCAAAGUCACUCGCUGCGGGCGUCUGAGGUAAACUAGCGAGUGCCAUCUCUGACCCGCCUCCAUAGAGCGGAAAUUACACCGCCCUUCCAUCCCUCCAUCCUUCUAUCCCUCCCCUCUUUUCCUAGUCUGACUCCGUGACCCUUUAACCUUUUGAACCCCGACACCACCCCCCCCCCCCCAUCGCCAUGACGACCUCAGCCCUACGUCGACAGGUGAAGAACAUCGUUCACAACUACUCAGAGGCGGAGAUCAAGGUGCGGGAGGCGACCUCCAACGACCCCUGGGGCCCCUCCUCCUCUCUGAUGUCAGAGAUCGCCGACCUGACCUUCAACGUGGUGGCGUUCGCAGAGGUCAUGGGCAUGGUGUGGAAGCGUCUGAACGACAGCGGCAAGAACUGGCGCCACGUCUACAAGGCCCUGACUCUGCUAGACUACCUGUUGAAGACCGGCUCAGAGAGAGUGGCACAGCAGUGCAGAGAGAAUGCCUUCACUAUACAGACGCUGCGAGACUUCCAGUACGUGGACCGAGACGGCCGCGACCAGGGGGCCAACGUCCGGGAGAAGUCCCGCCAGCUGGCCUGCCUGCUCAGGGACGAGGAGCGGCUCCACCAGGAGAGGAGCCAGGCGCUGAAGACCAAGGAGCGCAUGGCAGGGGGAGGCAGCGGGGGAGGAGGAGGGGGAGGAGGAGGAGGAGGGGGACAGGCCCGACCCCAGACCAGCGGGGAGGAGGAGCUGCAGCUGCAGCUGGCCCUGGCCAUGAGCAGGGAGGAGAGCGAGAAGGUGCAGCGCUGUUGUCAAGGAGACGAAUCACUGUUACAGAAUUCCACGGACGAGAGGAGGAGAGAAAGGCAAUCAAGGCCCAGGGAGUCGGCCAUGUUGGACCUGGUUGCCAUAUUUGGUACUUCCCCCUCUGAAGCCCCGCCCCCCAGGGAGGACCCAUGGGAAGCUCCGCCCACUUGCGACAUCAACACCGACCCCUGGGAUUCCAUAGCAGAAGUUCAGUCCAGCACUCCUGUGAUUGGUAGUCCCUGGGCUGUCUCACCCACCUCCAAUAAACCGUCCAAUCCCUGGGCUUCGUUACACUCUCCCAAAGAACACUGGGAAGGUCCUCCCUCCUCCCCCAGGCCCCAGGACCCAGACUGGGACAGCCCGACCCUCACAGGAGCUGAUCCCUUCUCCGUCCAGGGGGAGGAGCCUAAACAGGAAGGAGGACAAACAGUCUCCACCCCUCAAACUGGCAGCCCCACAGACUGUUUUGCCGACCCCCCUGUGAGGGUACUGGUGAACGGGCGGGGGGGGGGCAGCCCAGAGAUGUUCCACCUCUCCCACCUGGAGCCCCCCUUCGGCGCCCCGCCCCCACGCAUGUGCCGCACCCCUGAAGCCUUCCUGGGCGCGAGGGGGGCGUCGCUGGUCAACCUGGACGCCCUCAUACCACCCAACCCCCCCGCCAAGACGCACAACCCCUUCCUCUCAGGUCUCAGCACCCCCUCCCCCACCAACCCCUUCCACAGCGACCAGCCCCGCCUCACCCUAAACCAGAUGCGCCCCCGCUCCACCUCCCCCCUGCCCCCCCAUAUGCUGCCCUACAGCCCCUCCCUGCCCCUGCCUCUCCUCCACCAGCCCUCUGCCCUCCCCUCCUCCCUCACCCAGCCCCCUGCGGGCCUCCUGGGCCUCCCCGCCAACCUCCCCCAGCCUCUUCUCCCCCUCUCCCCCCGCCCCGCCCAGCACCCCUCUCUUCACACACACAGCCACAACCCCUUCCUCUGAAAGAUGGAGUGGAAGGGUGGGGGAGGAGGGGGGGGCAGGACACAGGGAGUCACUGGGAUAGAACCAGGAGGGAGGAAUAUCGAGUCGUUGUGACAUCACUUCCGGAGAAUGUCAGAGCACUAUGACAUCACCAACCCUUCCUCAUAUCACCCGACUCUGAAGAGAGAGACUCUGCUGCCCCUUUCUGGAAUCGUAAUCUGUAUGAAUAAUAUGGAUGAAUAAUAUGGAUGAAUAAUCUGGAUGAAUAAUCUGGAUUAAGAAUUGUGACUGGAAGUAAACUGGACCUCUACAAUGAACUGGAUGUAUGGAUUGGUCUCUAGACACCCUGGCUGCUAAAAUGAACUCUGGAAUAAAAUGUAUAUGUAUGUAUACACACUACACACACACAUUACACACACACACAUACAGACAUACACACGUACUGUACAUACAGACACAUACACACUGCGCACACAUCUAUAGACACACACACACACAGACACACACACACACUACUGGUGUUCUUCACUGAGCGCAUGAAUGAUUUAUUCUCCAGCCCCCCUUGCUCGCUCACACACAUACACACACCAGUGGAUCCAUCUACUAAUAAAUAUUAAUAAAUGGAUGGUGUUUGCAUU